CGCGUCUUAAUAUUAUUAUGGGAGCUGCAAAAGGCCUUGCAUACUUGCAUCAUGAUUGUUCACCUAGAAUCAUACAUCGUGACAUUAAAUCAAGCAACAUAUUACUAGAUGGAAAUUUGGAGGCUCAUGUGUCUGAUUUUGGACUCGCAAAACUAUUGGAGGAUGAAGAAUCUCAUAUCACUACAAUAGUUGUUGGAACAUUUGGUUAUCUUGCUCCAGAGUACAUGCAAAGUGGUAGGGCAACAGAAAAAACAGAUGUAUACAGCUUUGGAGUCUUGGUGCUGGAAGUUUUGAGUGGGAAACGACCCACUGAUUCAUCAUUCAUUGAGAAAGACUUGAAUAUUCUAGGAUGGAUGGCUGCAGUCCGUGCAUGGUUAUUGAUGGCAUUACUCGCAAGCAUUUGCUUGGUGAAAGAAAAUAAUGCAGAAGAUAUUGGUUACGGCACUAUUGGAAAAGGUGGUGGUGAUGUUCAUUGUGGAGUUGGACAUAAGGGGAAUUGUCGUCCUCAUGAAGCAGCGCCUUACCAUAGACCUUGCGAGAAAAAGGAUGGGUGUAGAGGAGAUACACCGAACACGGAAAAGAUAGUUGAACAUGAUGGAAAUUUGCCGAAGCCCAAAGCAGGGAAGAGAAUUAAAGAUGCUGAACAGUUGCUUCACUCACUUGGGCCAACUCCCAUGUGAGUUUGUCAAAGCAUGCAAGAGAAGGAGAUAAAAUCUCUUUCCUUGUUAAAACAAGAGAAGAAGAUCGAUGAAUUCUCGCACUUUGUCGAGUUAUGUUAUAUCUAUUUGUUGCGUGAUGUGUGUGGUACGUGUUGCUGGGUCAUUUUGUUUACAUUCUCUAAGCUGCCUUCUAGGGAAGAUGAUGGCCCUACUUAAGCUUAAUUAGCCAAAUUUCCUCACAUUAUGGAGGAACUUGGUUUGUGUCAUGUUAACAAAGUGUUUCCUUUUUAUCAAUUAUGUAAUACUACCUUGAUCCACAAUAAAGUACUGCUUCCUCGCAGAGGCAGCUUAUUUCUUUA